CACAAAGAGGGACCGGGCUCCGCUCGCCGGAAGUAGAACCUCUGCCCCCGGCGCAUUACGCAUCCUCCGCGCCGGAAGAGCGCCCCGCUCGGUCCGGCCGCUUCCCCCACAGCCCAGUAGGAGGGGCGGCUGGGCCGCUGGGCUGUGCAGCCGGGAGUCGUUGGCAGCGCGGAACUUCGGCGCACGAGGAGCCAAGGAGCGACCUGCGUUGCCGGGAGAGGGAGGGGGAAGGAAGGUCGCGUAGCGGGGCGACACGUCGCUGCGGAGGGAUCCUGUUUCUGUUGGCGGAGGGAUUUGGUCGCACGCUGACUUCCGGUGAGCCCCGAUCCGAGAGGAAAAGCCCCGAAGGAAACAAUAACAAACGCAGGAGGAAGCGGUUUUGGGGUUCGUGUGUUGAGCGGGUCUCGCCCGAGAAGAUGAGCUUCGGCCCCUGUCAGGGGACGUGAGCGCAAUCGCCGGGCCCCAGCCAACGUUUCUCCCCGUGGGCCCCCGGUGCCACCAUGGCGGCCGUGGGGCCGGGGGGCUACGCGGCGGAGUUCGUGCCGCCUCCGGAGUGCCCGGUCUUUGAGCCCAGCUGGGAGGAGUUCACAGACCCGCUCAGCUUCAUCGGCCGCAUCCGGCCCCUGGCGGAGAAAACCGGCAUCUGCAAAAUCCGACCGCCCAAGGAUUGGCAGCCUCCAUUUGCAUGUGAAGUAAAAAGCUUCCGUUUUACUCCCAGAGUCCAGCGUCUGAAUGAACUUGAGGCAAUGACCAGAGUGAGAUUGGACUUCUUGGAUCAACUAGCAAAAUUUUGGGAGCUUCAGGGGUCUACCCUCAAGAUCCCUGUGGUGGAGAGAAAAAUUCUGGAUCUCUAUGCUUUAAGCAAGAUUGUUGCCAGCAAAGGUGGUUUUGAAAUGGUCACCAAAGAGAAGAAAUGGUCUAAAGUGGGUAGCCGCUUGGGAUAUCUGCCAGGAAAAGGAACUGGGUCUCUUUUGAAGUCACAUUAUGAAAGAAUUCUCUACCCAUAUGAGCUUUUCCAGUCUGGUGUCAGCCUUAUGGGUGUACAAAUGCCUAAUUUAGAUCUUAAGGAAAAAGUGGAGCCUGAGGUUCUUGGCACUGAUGUCCAAACUCCCCCAGAGCCGGGCACAAGAGUGAACAUUCUGCCGAAGAGAACAAGGCGUGUCAAGUCUCAGUCAGAAUCUGGAGAAGUGAAUAGAAACACGGAACUGAAGAAACUUCGGAUUUUUGGGGCUGGGCCUAAGGUUGUGGGCUUGGCAAUGGGAGUAAAAGAUAAAGAAGAUGAGGUCUCCCGAAGACGAAAAGUUACCAACAGGUCAGACGCAUUUAACAUGCAAAUGAGACAACGGAAAGGAACUCUCUCUGUUAACUUUGUUGAUCUUUACGUUUGUAUGUUUUGUGGUCGGGGAAAUAAUGAAGAUAAAUUGCUGUUGUGUGAUGGAUGUGAUGACAGCUAUCAUACAUUUUGUUUAAUUCCCCCACUACCUGAUGUGCCCAAAGGAGACUGGAGGUGUCCUAAAUGUGUCGCUGAGGAAUGUAAUAAACCUAGAGAAGCCUUUGGAUUUGAACAAGCUGUACGAGAGUAUACACUUCAGAGCUUUGGAGAGAUGGCAGAUAAUUUUAAGUCUGACUAUUUCAAUAUGCCAGUUCAUAUGGUUCCCACAGAACUAGUGGAGAAGGAAUUCUGGCGGCUGGUGAGCAGCAUUGAAGAAGAUGUUAUCGUAGAGUAUGGAGCUGACAUCUCCUCAAAAGACUUUGGAAGUGGAUUUCCUGUAAAGGAUGGUCGGAGAAAGAUGCUGCCAGAAGAAGAGGAAUAUGCGCUUUCUGGUUGGAACUUGAAUAACAUGCCUGUUCUGGAGCAGUCUGUUCUUGCACAUAUCAAUGUGGACAUCUCUGGCAUGAAGGUGCCAUGGCUUUAUGUGGGAAUGUGCUUCUCUUCCUUUUGCUGGCACAUCGAAGAUCACUGGAGCUAUUCCAUCAACUACUUGCACUGGGGGGAGCCAAAGACAUGGUAUGGUGUGCCAUCUCAUGCUGCAGAACAACUGGAGGAGGUGAUGAGGGAGCUGGCCCCUGAGUUAUUUGAAUCCCAGCCUGAUCUCCUACAUCAGUUAGUCACCAUCAUGAACCCCAAUGUGCUAAUGGAGCAUGGUGUGCCUGUGUAUAGGACGAAUCAGUGUGCUGGCGAGUUUGUUGUGACGUUUCCUCGGGCCUAUCACUCUGGAUUUAAUCAAGGCUACAACUUCGCUGAGGCUGUGAACUUCUGUACUGCUGACUGGUUGCCCAUUGGCCGUCAGUGUGUCAGUCAUUACCGUCGGCUGAGGCGCCAUUGUGUCUUCUCGCACGAGGAACUAAUUUUCAAGAUGGCAGCAGAUCCGGAAUGCUUGGACGUGGGGCUUGCCGCCAUGGUGUGCAAGGAGUUGACUCUCCUGACUGAAGAGGAGACACGGUUAAGGGAGUCUGUUAUGCAGAUGGGCGUCCUGAUGUCGGAAGAAGAAGUGUUUGAACUUGUUCCUGAUGAUGAGCGACAGUGUUCAGCAUGCAGAACCACCUGUUUUCUCUCUGCUCUCACGUGUUCCUGUAAUCCUGAGCGGCUUGUGUGUCUCUACCAUCCAACUGAUCUGUGCCCCUGCCCCAUGCAGAAAAAAUGUCUUAGAUAUCGCUACCCAUUAGAGGACCUCCCUUCUCUGCUGUAUGGUGUGAAAGUCAGGGCACAGUCGUAUGACACUUGGGUCAGUCGUGUUACAGAAGCAUUAGCUGCCAACUUCAACCACAAGAAAGAUUUGAUUGAAUUACGAGUAAUGCUGGAAGAUGCUGAGGAUAGGAAAUAUCCAGAAAAUGAUCUCUUUCGAAAACUCAGGGAUGCUGUAAAAGAAGCUGAGACCUGUGCUUCUGUGGCUCAGCUGCUUCUGAGCAAAAAGCAGAAGCACAGGCAGAGCCCAGAUAGUGGGAGGACUCGGACCAAACUGACAGUGGAAGAGUUGAAGGCCUUUGUCCAACAGCUUUUUAGUCUUCCAUGUGUCAUCAGCCAAGCUCGACAAGUAAAGAAUCUACUGGAUGAUGUGGAAGAGUUUCAUGAACGUGCUCAGGAGGCCAUGAUGGAUGAAACCCCAGAUUCUUCCAAACUGCAGAUGUUGAUAGAUAUGGGCUCUGGUCUCUACGUGGAGCUACCUGAAUUAGCCCGACUAAAGCAAGAGCUACAGCAGGCUCGAUGGUUGGACGAAGUACGACUGACCCUGUCAGAUCCACAACAGGUCACUUUGGAUGUCAUGAAGAAAUUGAUAGACUCUGGGGUGGGGUUGGCGCCCCACCAUGCGGUGGAGAAAGCGAUGGCUGAGCUUCAGGAGCUCCUCACGGUCUCUGAGCGAUGGGAGGAAAAGGCCAAGGUCUGCCUGCAGGCAAGACCACGGCACAGUGUGGCAAGUUUAGAAAGCAUCGUGAAUGAAGCUAAGAAUAUUCCAGCCUUUCUACCCAAUGUGUUGUCCCUGAAAGAAGCCUUACAAAAGGCUCGAGAAUGGACAACUAAAGUGGAAGCUAUUCAGAGUGGCAGCAAUUAUGCUUACUUGGAGCAGCUGGAAAGCUUAUCUGCCAAAGGCCGCCCUCUCCCUGUGCGUCUUGAUGCGUUGCCCCAGGUGGAGUCACAAGUGGCGGCAGCACGGGCCUGGAGAGAACGGACUGGGAGGACCUUUCUUAAGAAGAAUUCCAGCCACACGUUGCUCCAGGUGCUUAGUCCCCGAACUGACAUUGGUAUUUAUGGGAGUGGAAAAAAUAGAAGGAAAAAAGUAAAAGAACUAAUAGAAAAAGAAAAAGAAAAGGAUCUGGACCUUGAACCUCUGAGUGAUCUGGAGGAGGGAUUGGAGGAAACCAGAGAUACAGCCACAGUGCAAAAAGAGGUUAGUAGUGUUCUCAUUUUUCGGAAGACUGAGAUUCAGAAAACUUGUAACCCGGAUCAGGAGUCUGUUAAGUGCAAGAGCCAGGCCUCAUACCAAGGCUGCUUGAUUUCAAGGCAUACCAUCUUUCUACUGCACCCUAUAGAAGAAUUAAAAAGUACUCUACUGAUGCGAAUUGUGGCAGUUUUCAAAGAACGGGAGCAAAAAGAGAUUGAAGCCAUGCAUUCCCUCAGAGCAGCCAACCUAGCCAAGAUGUCAAUGGUAGACCGCAUAGAAGAAGUAAAAUUUUGCAUUUGCCGCAAGACAGCGAGUGGGUUUAUGCUCCAGUGUGAGCUCUGCAAAGACUGGUUUCAUAACAGCUGUGUUCCUCUUCCUAAGUCAAGUUCCCAGAAGAAAGGGUCUAGCUGGCAGGCUAAAGAAGUAAAGUUCCUUUGCCCUCUCUGUAUGCGGUCUCGAAGACCUAGGCUAGAGACCAUUCUGUCCCUCCUGGUAUCCCUUCAGAAGUUGCCUGUACGGCUGCCUGAAGGAGAGGCCCUUCAGUGUUUGACAGAACGUGCAAUGAGUUGGCAGGACAGGGCCCGGCAAGCCCUGGCCACAGAUGAGCUGUCCUCUGCCCUGGCCAAGCUCUCUGUGUUGAGCCAGAGGAUGGUGGAGCAGGCAGCUCGGGAGAAAACUGAAAAGAUCAUCAGCGCAGAGCUCCAGAAAGCCGCUGCCAAUCCAGACUUACAGGGACACUUGCCUAGUUUCCAGCAGUCUGCUUUUAACCGGGUGGUGAGCAGUGUAUCUUCUUCCCCUCGGCAAACGGUGGACUAUGAUGAUGAAGAGACGGAUUCUGAUGAAGACAUUCGGGAGACAUAUGGCUGUGACACGAAGGACACAGCCAGUGUGAAAUCCUCCAGCAGUCUGGAGCCCAGCCUAUUUUGUGAUGAAGAGAUUCCCAUCAAGUCCGAGGAGGUGGUCACGCACAUGUGGACAGCACCCUCCUUCUGUGCUGAGCAUGCUUAUUCGUCUGCUUCUAAGAGCUGUUCUCAAGGUUCUAGCACCACAAGGAAACAACCUCGGAAGAGCCCUCUGGUGCCCCGUAGUUUGGAGCCUCCGGUGCUAGAGUUAUCGCCUGGAGCUAAAGCCCAGCUGGAAGAACUUAUGAUGAUUGGAGAUCUCCUGGAGGUGUCUCUGGAUGAGACUCAACACAUAUGGCGGAUUUUGCAGGCCACACACCCACCCUCUGAAGACAGAUUCCUGCACAUCAUGGAGGAUGACAGCAUGGAAGAGAAACCAUUAAAAAUAAAAGGAAAGGACUCUUCAGAGAAGAAACGGAAACGGAAGCUAGAAAAAGAACAGCUUUUUGGCGAAGGAAAACAGAAGUCCAGGGAGCUAAAGAAAAUGGAUAAACCUAAAAAGAAGAAAUUAAAAUUAAGUGCGGAAAAAUCAAAAGAGCUGAACAAACUGGCCAAGAAACUAGCAAAAGAAGAAGAGAGGAAGAAAAAGAAGGAGAAGGCUGCUGCAGCCAAAGUUGAACUUGUGAAGGAGAGCUCGGAGAAGAGGAGAGAGAAGAAGGUGCUGGACAUCCCCUCCAAAUAUGACUGGUCAGGAGCAGAGGAGUCUGACGACGAGAACGCUGUGUGUGCCGCCCAGAACUGCCAGAGGCCCUGCAAGGACAAGGUAGACUGGGUGCAGUGUGAUGGUGGCUGUGAUGAGUGGUUUCACCAAGUUUGUGUGGGUGUAUCUCCAGAAAUGGCUGAAAAUGAAGAUUACAUCUGUACAAACUGUGCAAAGAAGCAGGGGCCAGAUAGCCCAGGUCCAGCAGCACCUCCUUCUUUCAUAAUGAGCUACAAGCUACCAGUGGAGGACCUUAAAGAGACCAGUUAGCAGGUGCUGGGUUAGCUUGGGACAUGGGGGAAAACGGACCACACAGAGACCGUAGUCAGUAGAGUGGUUUACAUCCACUCAGAAUGUUGCUUCCAAAGACGAAUGGCCUUCUGAGCAAGUCCUCCCAGCCGACUUCCUCUUUGCAUGGACGUGGGAUCUGCGUUCUCUGUCAGCACAUCUGUGCCGAGGGUGUCUGCUUUGGUCCAGCAGCCAGUGUUUCAGUUCGUGUCUCCUCUGAGAUUGCUUGUCACAUUAAGGCCAGACAUUUGAGCUCUAGGGUGGCUGGUUGGCAUUAAUGCGUUGGUGUGCUGGCAGGGCAUGUAGGCCGCGGCUUCUGGCCAGUUGGUACUAGUUAGAGGUUUGCAGCCAGCACCACCCAGAGGUGCUGAUCCCUUGGAUCUCCUUAGUUAGGCCAGUGGGGGAGGAGUAGAGUAGCAGUUUCCUUCCACUCUGCCCUGGCAUUUGACGCCCUACACAUCCAGCUAGGAGAGGGCCAGGGCUGAAGUUAGUCCUGUUAGAGGCCAUGGGUAGUGGCACAGCCCGUAGACCUCAGCUCCAUGUGCUUGUCUGUACCAAGAAGAAAACCCCGGUUGAGAGGCAGAUCACCUCAUCUUCCUAAGGAGGAGGAUGGCAUCUAGUUCAGAAGUCUGACUAGAUUGGAUUCUGGGAAGAAGAGAUUUUAUUUCAAGGCAAGGAGCCUUUUUUUGGCUUUGAGAAGUCUUGCUGCCUUGGGUCUGCAUUUUAAAGAAGAGCAGGUACGUGGAUCCAGGCUUCUGCGGUAGCAAAGAAGACAAGUCAGAACGUUUUACUGAGCCACAGCGGUGCCUGCUUUUCGGGGAACCCUUCAUUCACAAGUGCACCAGGUGCCACCAGGCUUCAGGCAUGGCCCCGAGCAAGACCAGCAAAUAACAACUCUUGCCUUGCAGCCUGGCCCCCACUGGCUGUGGUUUCCAGGACUGGCCGUUUCUGACCGUGGCCUGCGGCAGAUGCUGUCGCACAGCAUGUGGCUUCAUCAGAGGACGUGGGCUUAGAGUACCUCUGGGUGACAAAGUUGUUUUAGUAAAUCCAUUUUUUAAAAAAAGAAAAAAGGACUUGUUUUUACUUUUUUCUAAAUGUCUCUGACUACUGACUGUUCUAUAAAUAGAUUAUUUUUCCUUUUUUAAUAUACAUAUAUGAAUAUAUAUAUAUAUAUAUAUAUAUACACACACACACACACACACACUGUUACCAGCAGCUUAUGACAGAGUUUCAGCAUCAAAAAUCCAUUUGGGGGCUUGCUUUCUCGUCUUGCUUUUUAAUAAAGGAAUCCCAUUCCUUCCUUGUAGUACAAGGAGUUAGCACUUCCUUCUCCAUCCUAGCCUGACCAGAUCUUCCAUCUUGGUUUUGUUCAAAUAGGUAAUUAUAUUUCGUUUGUGUGUUGGGACUUGUCCCUUUCUGUGGGGAAACCUGGUCAUACUGUAUCUGUGAUGGUAGUUCUGUUUUGUACGUGAAAGUUUGGAACUACGGUGCUGUGUUCUCCUCCCUCCUGUUGUGUUCUGUGUUCUUGUGAAGGUGUUAGGUAAGCUGUAUGGAAACUCUUAUUAGAAGGGGACUAAUUUUUUUUGGGGGGGGACAAAAAACCCCAAAAACCCACCAAACAAACUAAAAAUGGUGUUUUGUCUUCACUAUCCUGUGUCCCUUUAUUUUGGUUUAAAGAUCUGUGGUUUGACUUAAAUUCAUCAGUUUUCCUUUUAAAAGGGGGGAGCAGGGUGGGCCCAGAGAGCAGCUUUUAGUCUUGUCUUCCCUUUGUGCCCCGAUCUCUUUUAAAGAAAUGUCUUCUAGUAACUAGAAGUGAAAUGUACUGUCCAGUCACAGUUUGCGUGGGUAUGAGAUUUAACUCAAAAGGCAUCUUACUAAAAAAAGCAAAACCUUUCCUAUAAAAUCUAGUUUCUGGAAAUGCUUUCUCUACGGUUCUACUACCUAUUUUUUAGUCAUUUCUUCCUUAAUAUCAUAUAACGUUUUGAGUGUCUUGGCCUGUUAAGAGGUUCAUAAGUGUUGGUGUGCAUGGGUCUUAAAAUCUCAUCUCAAGUGUGUGUAUGAUUUAAGAUUUCAAUGGAAAGUACAAGGUAACUAAGUAAUCAGUUUCAUAAGUUAUCAUUUUGCCAGUCUCUCAAUACAUAAAGAUAUUACUACUUAGUUAAGAAUUUCAUCUGGUUGAUAUUAUAGAAGAAAGCACAAUGUUUUUUGCCGUUUGGUCUUCUCUGUAAAAGUCUUCAAGUGCUUGUGGGUUAAAAAUUGAAUGCAGUCUUAAGUGAUGGCUGCCCGGAAUACAUUUUAAAAUAUCUUGUUUUUCCUUCAUUCCUCAGCUAUCAGUGGAGGGGCAUGAGGUGCUGAGAAAGACAGCUAAGGUGCUCUGCUGCUUGGAGUGUGGUGGAUGGAUAGAGGGCUGUUUAGGGAAUAACUUAUGUUCAUAAUAGGUAUUUGCCUGCAUAUUUGACUGAGAGAAAAACGCAAGGCAGUCUCCAACCAUGAAUAGCUCCCUGUUUAUCUUCUCCAACCAUGAAUAGCUCCCUGUUUAUCUUCUGACAUUUUGAAACUCAAAUAUAUCAUUUAAUUGAUACCGUGGGAUUUUCUGUAUUUAUUUGAAAGUCACAGAGGAUUUGGUCUGACUUUUGACCAUUUAGACCAAAGGUUGAGAACAGAUGAGAGACAGUUUAAAAAAAGAAAGAGAAAAGAAAAAUAUAGAAAUGUGUAAUUUUGUAAUUAGUGAACUAAGAUUCAUCUGUUAAAGAAAUGACGAUGUUUUUUCACUUAGAGGAAAGUACUUAUUUUACAAAGUAACUCCAUUCUGCGGUGUUGUAACAUUUCAUAUUAAAACUUGAUUUAAAAUGUUUCUUUACCCUUCCUAUCUCCUCAGAGUCGCAGUUCUGCACCACUCGUUCUUUAACUUAUUCGUUAAUUCUUUCAAAGGUAUUUCUCACCACAUUCAUUAUAAACCAUUUUGGCAAAGGUUACAGGAAGGAAGAUGAAAACUGGUAGGUCAAGAGUAGAUCCUUGGAACCGCGCAAGUGCAACGACAGCUCUCUUGUGGUCCCUCCAGCCGGGGUUGGCCUCGCUGCCUGUAGUGACCCUGCAGAGAUGUGUGGAGACGCAGGGCCAGGCUCCUUCCCGAGCUGCUGCCUCCCAGCUCUUCCUGACUCACACGUGGGCAUCAUGGAACAACAGCUACUGCAAGUCACGCUUCAGAUAAUUGAAACGGCAGAUGUGAAACCUGGGUCGCCCGCCGUGUACUUGAAUAAUCAAAACCCCAGCGAGGGCUGACCUGUGAGAUGAGAACGAUUUCACCUGUGCUUCACUUCUCUACUUUUGUCUUUGACACGCGUCCAAGAAAUGUCAGUUUGUUUGUUUCUCUUAAUUUUUAGAUUCUGAUGCAAUUCAGUGGGUAUAAGAGAAACUCCCUACUUGGCAAUAUUUUAAUUCUACAGUACAUUUGUGUGAAUAUCAGCCAGUGCUUAAAGUAGGAGGGUGAAACGGAAAACUGAGAAAGCCCUUCUUUCAGAGGGAGGGAUUAUCCACUUUUUAAGGAGAAAGUGGCAAUUUGAAGGGGGAUUUGAAAAUUGUGGGAAAAUUAAGCAAAGACCCACACGUAACCAGGUUCAGUAAAGGUAUACAUAUGAACUAGCUUCAUAUGUGUGUAAAAAGUUGCUUUUGCAGUACGUCCUUAAGUAUAAAUUUUUAAAAGCCGGCAAUUGGUUUGCCUUUUACCUUUUGAAAUCCCACUUUUUUGUUUGCUUUUAAUUAAGGCAUAUCAUUACUUUGGAUGUGGAUGUGCCGUGGCAUUUAGUAUUUACAGCAUGAGAAGGAAAGAAUGGAUAUUAAUAUAUUUUGGAAUUCUAGUCUUCUCUUGGUCUGGAUUGUAUCCAGUCACCACUAUGCAACGAAUGAUGUGCACUGGGAAAGGAUGUGACGGGUUUUUAAAGAUGUGUCCUGCUUAUUCUUACUUUUGCAAUACUCCAAGAUGUCUAAACAGGAAUGUCUUUUGUAAGCCUCAAGACCUAUUGAUUAUUCUCUUACAUGUUUAGUUACCUGUUAGUGAGACACUUAAAUAUAAUAUGGACUCUAAUUUACCAGGGAUUUUGGUGGUGCCUUAUGAAAAGUAUAACUUGAUUUCUUGUUUUCUGAGCAUGUUUUGCAUUUCUUUUGUUUUCUGAAAGAAUGUUAGGUAUAGUUAUUUGCAUUACACCUAAAAAAAUUUUAAAAAUUGUGUGUGUGCUCAGGUCCCCCCUACCCUGUCAUUCACAUUGGUGGCAACUCUAAGUGGUAACCAAGUAAAGGUAGAUUUUGGUAAUUGAUCUGAGAGCCACUUUUAACCUGUUGCAGAACAGUUUCUAAUGUGCAUUUGCUCUCUAUAAAACAAAGAACUGGCCUCAAAUAACUUCACCAGUGGUGUGAUUAGCCUGUUACAUUGCUGAGAAUAGUGUUUGCAGAAAGCGUGAAGUAGGAGAAGUGAUUCCUGCAGAUUUCACAUUUCUCUGUUUUCAGCAAGAGUCCAGCGAUGGCCAACAGACAUUUUCCCCACCGUUGAUUUCUUAAGCUGUUUAUCCCUUUGUAGCGAACCAGUGAUAAAAGCAGGAAAGAUGAAGAAAUACUUCCUUUUUCCUUUGGCCUCCUAGUACUUAAAACUAGCUCAAACUGCACCUUACACUUCAGAGAAGUAAAUGGCCCUUUUUGCUCAUUGCCAAGGUUAUCAGGUCAUGCAGGUGAGGGACAGAUCAUUGCUGAAAAUGUUAAGGUUCUGCCUGCAGUGAAAUUGGCCUCAAACGUGAAGUGUUUGAUUGUGUAUAUAUGUGUUAGGGAGGAGAAUUAGUGGGAAGAAGGAGGAAGAAAAAACUGGUUAUCUGAACUUGGAAAGGAAUUCUCUUGCCAACAACAACAAAAAAACCAUGAAAUUUCGUAAGAUUGACAAAUUCUUUUUUUUUUUUUUUUGUGGUACGCGGGCCUCUCACCGCUGUGGCCUCUCCCGCCGCUCCGGACGCGCAGGCUCAGCGGCCAUGGCUCACGGGCCCAGCCGCUCUGCGGCAUGUGGGAUCUUCCCGGACCGGGGCACGAACCCGUGUCCCCUGCAUCGGCAGGCGGACUCUCAACCACUGCGCCACCAGGGAAGCCCAAUUCUUUUCUUUUUAAAAGUUGUGUGGAAUCCACCCAGCUUAGACCACGUAUUUCUUGGGGCCUUGGCAUUGUGGUUGAUACCAGUACGUUGAAGAUCCAGAAUCUCUUCGUGGAAGCUCAGCCUUGCAUUGGGCAGAGUCUCAGAUAACACGACGAGCGAACGAUACGGAAGAACACACUCGAGGACUGUAUGCUGUGACAAUACAAUUUGGAAUUUCUUGACUCUUCUCACCUGUUUGCUCUUUAAAGUGUGUUUCUGCCCUGCUUUUAGUAGGCAGAAAGAUGAUUUAAUGUUUCCAUGUGACGAAGUCCCAUGAAAUUUCUUUACUAGGCAAGGAUUUUCUCUAAGCUCGUCUGUGGAGCCAGGAUGUAUCUUUGUUAAUGCAAAAUAAAGAUGUCACAGACAGCCUUAAAGAUGGUUUGGUGGUUCCAGCUGGUGAACCUUGUAGUAAGGAACUCUGAUGAGUUGCCAGGGACAUAGCGGUGAGCUCAGAAUCUAAUGUAGUUCAAAAACAACACCCCCUCAAAACAAACAAAAACUUCAGAAGCCCAGGUGAGGACUUCAGGGUUACAUAAGAAAGAAUGUUGGAUUUAGGAAUGCACUGAUGUGGGUAUUAGCUCUUUGUAUGACGUUCUGUUGCUUCCCUUUUUGGAAUCUGUUUCCUACCAUGUGUGGGUUAGUUCUUGUGGAUACAAAGACAUUGAAGUUACAGCCCUUCUCCUUGAAGGAGGAUAAGGCAGACGUUUCUAAGGAUGUUUCUUACAAAAACUUUGAUGGAAUUGAGAAGGGAGGAUAGUAGAGAGGUUUUGGACAUGUAGUCCAAAUUCCCAAUCCGUACUCCUGAGGAGGGAACGCGCAGGCUCUACUGAAUAUUCUGUUGUUAGAAAAUGUAAGUCUCGGUCACUAACGUUCAUAUUAGAGCACACCCGUGGUCUCCACUUGGGUCUGAAUUUUGCGGAGUUCAUCAGGCACUUUGACGUGUGCCCCAAGACCAGUAUCUUGCUGUGCUAUUCAGUAAGACGAGUGUAUCAGACACUUUCCGACAGACCUAACCGUGCCCCUCCCUCCUCCUGAGUUAGUAGCUACCUGGUCUUAGUGAGAAAUUCGCGCGCCCGCCCCCCCCCCCCCCGCCCCCUGCCCGCCAAAGCAUCGGCCCCUGCCCUCCUCAUUCUGGGCCCCUUUCUGCUGAGACCAGUGGGCCGCCCGGGCCCUGGUGGCUUUAGUCUCCUGACUGAACCCUGCCAUCCUUUCUACUUGGCACUAAGCUUUGUGGUCGGUUGUUUCUCCGUCACUCUGGCCCUGCAGGAGCUCGUCCCCGGUCGGUUCCGCCAUCCGAUGUCGUCGCUGCUAAAUACUGCCGAGUACACGCCCUUGAUGGGUAGCUCUACAAACUGACUCAAGGAGGCCGGCUCUCAGAGCAGGGCAGCAGCCCUGAAGGUCCAGCAACCCCUUCCAUUCUUUUUUUUUUUUUUUUGCGGUACGCGGGCCUCUCACUGCUGUGGCCUCUCCCGCUGCAGAGCACAGGCUCCGGACGCGCAGGCUCAGCGGCCAUGGCUCACGGGCCCAGCCGCUCCGCGGCAUGUGGGAUCCUCCCGGACCGGGGCUCAAACCCGUGUCCCCUGCAUCGGCAGGCGGACUCCCUAACCCUUCCAUUCUUAAAGACACUUCAGACCUUGGUCUCUUGUCCAGUCCCCAUCCCACCACCUCUCUUCGUUCAGCAGAGGCCUCCCCUGUAACACGGAGGAAACUGAAGCCAGCAGGGGGGCUCGGCAGCCACAUCUGUGUCAGAACAGGUGUCUGUCCUCUGGCCAACACAGACCGUAGGCAAACGGGCGAGCCGUGAGUCCCAUCCCACGUCACCUCCUCAGAGACCUCGCACCCUCCCUCAGCGCAUGAGCUCAGGUCUCUCCCUCUGACGUGCUCCUGACCUUGGCUCCCUCUCCUGCUCUCUUGGUCCUUCCUUUGUAGCCAAGCCCCGUUUGUCCCCACACCUCACUUUAAGAUCCCUCAAUCUACGGUAACCUGGACCCUCCUCUCCACAUUCCACUGAGGCUGCUCUCACGGAGGCCAUAACUGACCACAUGUUGCCAAGCCUAGUGGGCACUCCACUUCGUAUAUGACAUCUGACACUUGUCCACUCCCUUUGUGAGAGACCUCCAUUGGCUUCUUGGCCACUACAUUUUCCUAAUUUUUCUUCUCUGCAGCUGCUCGUUAGUCGUCUUUUCUGUUUACCCUUCGAACAGUGUCAUCAGAGGCUCAUCCUGUAUCUCCUUCUCGGGUGCCCUCGUUCCCUGCCCCCGCCAGCUAACACUUUAAGUCAGCUGUUUCCCAAACCAAAAUCACCUGCCCAGGCUGGCUUGCUCUGCUCUUCAAUCAACUUCAAUCAACAAGUAAACAUUUCCACUUGUAUUUGUUUUAAUCACUCCAAACUCUUUGUGUCAAAACCUGAACUUACCACCUUCUCACCCCCAAACCAGUUCCUCUCUAUACCCUAACCGAAAGCACAGCUAGGUGCCCAAGCCAGAAUUCUGCAAGCCAUCCUAAGUCCUUGCUGACCGCUCGCUUCCCGUGAGCAACGAGGUGGUCACUAAAUCCUUCAGGUUCACUCCCAUCUUCAUCUCCGUCUCUUCCGUUCCUGUUGUGAUGCAUCACUUCAAGUUCUCACCACUCUCGCCUUUUUUUUUCGGGCUAGUCUUUAGUCUGGCCGAUCUCCAGUUGAUCUUCCAAAUUUCUACAGAAUAAACCGUCUAAAGAGCUGAUAUGUUCAGGGCGUUGUUCUACAGAAUCUGCUCGUGUUUAUCUUUCUACAUGCAUCUGCUUCCACACACUCUCAGCCGCUGUACUUCCGACACAUGGAUUUUCAUUUCCUAAACACGCCAGGCGUCUGUCUCAUUUUUGAGGUGCGGGCUUAAAUACCACCUCUUCAGAGGCCCCUGUUCUCUCACAACAACUUGUUCUGCUCCUUCAUGGGACUUUGCAGCAUGCGACAUGAUUGUUUAUAAAUUCCGUGAGAGCAGGGGCUUUGUUCCCUUUAUCUCCAUACCCAGCACCUAGAACAAUACCCUGUGUAGAAUAAACAUCCAGUAAAUAACUUGAGAGGCUGCUGGUUUGUGCCUAUGUUCCUCGCUGUACCUUCACUCUCGCUCACCCUGUACAUUACUCUGUGCCUUCGUACUUUCUCUUUCUUCAAAGUUCAGCACACCCCAAACCUCUGCUGAGAAGUCUUUUUACAUCACUCCUCUCCUCCCGAUCUGGGUUAGAUGGCCUUUCAUGGAGCUCUGAUAACAUUUAGAUUUACAGCUUCUCCAGGUGUGGUCCCCGGAUCCGUAGCAUCAGCAUCACCUGGGAGUUUGUUAGAAAUGCAGAUUCUUGGACCUUACCCCAGACCUUCCGAGUCAGAAACUCCAGGGGCGGGGCCGACAACCUGCGUUUGAACAAGCCCUCCAGGUGACUGCAGUGCCUGCUGGCAUUGGAGAACCACGCAGUCACUGCAUUUGUAUCUCCAGGAUUAGCACAAUGCCUAGAACAAGAUUAUUGUAAAGAUCUUCCUUGCAGAGAACUGAAAUCCAUCCUCCUGUGGCCUUCCGCGGCAAUCCUGAUUCUUUAGAGAAUCUGAAAACUAGUUCACCCUGCCCUUGUUUGGUAGCCUUUCAGUGUUUAAGGAUAGCCAUUAUUUCUACUUCCCGACCUUCAUCCUCAAUCUUCCCGUUUAAUAUUCUUUCUCAUGUGCUGUGACUGAGUGCCUUCAAAUUCAAACUCAUUGGAUUUAUCUGAACAAACGCCAACGUACUUCAUACCCACCUUAAGCAUAUAUAUUCAGAGCAUCCUUUUAGCUUUCAAGCUACAGUUCUAAAAGUGGAGCCAUAUGUCUGUAUAGUCACCCCGACACGGUGGCAUUCGCGAUGACCAUGACAAGGUUCCGUUGUAGAGUUGGGGAUGGACAGUGGAAACCAAGGGUGGUCCAAAGCUCUGUAUAUGCUCCAUCUCAGAGAACCUGGCCGUGGUGUCCUGCAAGUCAUUUUGUAAAGUGGUUUCAUAUCACUGCAUUGGUGGUUCUCAGCCGUGGUGGCACACUUGAAUCAUCUGGAGAACUUUUAAAAACCAUUCCUGCCACUCGCCCCAGACCAAUUGAAUCACAGUACCUCAGAGUAGAGCCCAAGCAAGAGUAUGUUUUGGACCAGCUUUACUGAGGUAUAAUACCAUGAAACUGUCUUAUGUACAAGUCAGGGAUUUUCAGUAAAUUUACAGAAUUGUGCAACCGUCACUCCAGUCUAACUUUACAGUGUUUCCCUCACCCCAAAAAGAAACUUCAUGCCCAUUCAUAUCACUCCCUGUUUCCACUCCCCAACCCCAGGCAGCCACGAAUCUACUUAUGUUUCUAUAGAUUUACCUUUUCUAGACCCAAGCAUUAGGAUUUUUAAAAAAGCUUCCAGGUGAUUUUAAAAAUGCAGCCAGGGUUGAGAAUCGCAGCACUAAAUGCAUGAUAAGGAAUCAGUGGUUUUUUCAGAACUGUGUGUAAGGAGGGUAUUUCAUACAUUUUCACAUUUUUGUCUCCCUCUUAGCCGGCACACGUAACCAUUACUAGUAUAAGAUCAUUAACUUGAUAAUGGGAGUUGAUGGGCCAUUCUAUUAUUUUCCCUUUAUACCUUGUAGUAUCAAAUUCAAAAUUGCCUCCCAUGCUCUCCCCAGGCUAUUUAAAAACAUCUCUAGUCUGCUUUUUCCCCUUUGGUUCAUGAAUUAACAGCGACGGAAGUUCUCUUAGAGCAUUCUCCCUGAGAUGAUGAUGUCUCCAAAGAUGAUUGCGAAGUAUCUGUGUCGAUCCCAUGCAUAAAGUUACUUUCCUUUAAGAAUCCUUCACAUUGGUGUUUCUUUAUCAGAUGUUUUGCUGUCUGACUAACUUCUCUGCCAAAUAUAGAUUUUUUUCUUUGUAAAUACGCUAAUAUUUCUAAAAAUUGGGGGGAAAUAUAUUUCUUGUUUUUUAAAUAAACAGUACAUGAACAUUUGUUUCAGAAAUAUUAAAAAAAAAAGAAGUAAAUGAAAAGUCAUCCUCCACCCAGAAAUGACCACAUUAAGAUUUAAGCAAAGUUACUUUCAGACAGCUCCCUUUGUAUAUUUAGGUAUGCGUAUCUACAGAUAUGUACACCUUUACAUGAAUGUACCGCUUUGUAACUUGCUUCCUUUACUUAAUGUCAACAUUUGUAUAUGACAAUAAAUAUAGAUUUGUAUUGUU